UACGUCGAUCUAAACGUUUAGGAAUCUAUUCUAAACGUGUUCUGAAUAUUUAAUUUGCGUUUAGAUGACAUUUACGUCGUUCUAAACGAUUAGGAAUCAAUUCUAAAUGAGUUCUGAAUAUUUAGUUAGCGUUUAAGCGCUAAAUCAUGCCGGUUUCCGUUACUUCGAUUAGCCCAGAAGGGAUUUCGCACAGAAUGAAACGGACAUUUUGGAUCUUUCAUUAUUGUUUAAAAAUUUGAAUUUCAUAUGAAUAUUAAAUUAUGUAGAUAGUAGUUUAGAAAACUUAAAAGAAAUUUGAGUAAACAAAAAUUGAGUUAACGGAUGUUUUAGGAGGAUUAACUUUUUGAUAAUGACCUUUAGACAUGCUUGUUUGUAUAUUAAAACAUGCUUGUUACCAUAUUUAAAAUCGUUAUUUAGUUUGAUUUUCAAAUGGCAUAAAAUAGAAUUGAAUAGAAUUGAAGCAGUUUGUAUUACAGAAAAAAGUGGUUUUACAAGAUUUGAAAUAGUUUGUAUCAAACCAAGAAGUAGUUAAAAGAUUGCAAAAGAGUAAAAUGUCAUAUCACCGGGCUGUUUGGUUGGAAGAAAAUCGUGAGGAAGAAGGAGUCUUGCCAUCCGCAUGGGUGCGGGGAAAGAUAGUUAUGUGGCCCCCAUCCAAAAUGAAUGCGUUUAAAUUAAUGAAAGAAGGAGUAGAACCUAAUGAAAAUUGGCGACUUUUUCAACUAAUAAAAAUAAAAAUUACUUCAGAUUGCUACAAGGAUUGUAAUAAUUAUGAUUUAACUACAGAAACUGAAGAAGAUAAUCAGCAAGUUUCAAAAAAACUGCAAGCGUACUGCUUGUACAACUUUUUUUGAAGGCGAGGAAGAAGUUGAUGUUGAUAUUAAUACAGAAAGUAAGAAUAUAUAUUUUUUAUGUUAAUUCACCUCCCUAAAGGCUGAGAUGACCACUACAAUCGAAGAGGCUACUUGUAGUUUCAACCCUCUCUCAACUUCAUAACUCUGAAACACAAACCUUGACGAACAAGGCUGCUGCGUGAAGAAACAAGUUCAUUAAUUAGUAAUUUUAUGAAGAGUAGAGCAGGAGCUAAUAAUAGCCUACAUAAUAAUAUAAAACUAUCUACAUUUCCACAGCCACCUGCUAAAUUAGGCAAAAUGUUACCAUCAAAUAUUUCACUAUAUAAAAAGGUUGUGGAUGUGGUACCACAAGGAUUUAAAAGUGAUCAUGCAACUAAACUAUCACCAAUUCCACAGUCACCUGGUCUUUCAAGCUGUUAUUCUAAGAUACCUUCAUUCAAAUCAAGCAUGGUGACUAUACCAAAAUAAAAUAAAAUGGAUCAAUCAACUAACCAAUCAGCACUUUCUCCUUUUCUGUUACCCCGAAAAUUUGAUUUUAAAAUACCAAUAUUCAGACAGAGAGCUGCCACAUCAAAAGACAAUGUAAUAGAUCGAUCAAUGAAACUAUCAGCAUUAAAUAGAAAGUUUCAAGCAAACAUGAUACUGAGUGAGCCAACUGCUCCUCAAGAAAAUGAAAUCGAUAAUGGGAAGUUUCAGAGAAAAGUUCUUUUUCAGUUAUCAAAUAUGGCUAACGAAAUUAAAGAUUUACGAAUAGCAGUGGAAAUGAUGGCCGUACCAAGUUUAGAGACUGUUGCUGAGGUCCAUCUAGAAGUUAUAGCUGGAGCUAUUGGGACCUUGAAUGGAUACAGAAAAUUAGAGGAGCAAUGUGGAGUUCUUGCUAAUCGAACAAUUUUACUUCGCCUUCUAUCACGAAUCGGAGGGUCAUCCAUUAAAGAUACUUCUAAGAAUCUAUUGAAAAGACUUUUUACAAAUUUUGUUAUGUCUCAUUUGAGUAUGGAUGGUAAAGGUUCUCUUAAAAAGCUUCCGUUUAGAGACUCUGCUCUGUGUCAACUUGUUGUUGAGUGUGUAUUGAAACGAUAUUCUACGUCUUCUUUGUCCGAAAUACAUUCGUGCAUUGGUUCUCAUCUUAGAAUGGCUCCGUUUCGCAGAGUCUCUAAACGGAAGCUUUUUAAGAGAACCUUUACCAUCCAUACUCAAAUGAGACAUAACAAAAUUUGUAAAAAGUCUUUUCAAUAGAUUCUUA